GAAGUGACCCUCAGCGGAACGGUUGCCAUGGCAGCGGCCGGGCGCGCUGCUGGGCUGAGGGAAGAUGGCGGUGACGGGCUGGUUGGAGAGUCUGCGGGCUGCCGAGAAGACGGCGCUGCUGCAGGACGGGAGAAGGAAGGUGCACUAUUUGUUUCCAGAUGGGAAGGAAAUGGCCGAAGAAUAUGAUGAGAAGACAAGUGAACUACUUGAAUGGCCUGAAUGGGGACUGAUGGGCAGAGAGGAGCACCCCACUUGAACCCCUGGGCCCCCACUAUAGAACAAAUCUUUUUCUUAUUCUGCCACCCCCAGCUGCCCUUGCAAAAUACUGUUCAUUAUUAAUUUUUAAGUAUAAAUAAUCCCAGGGUCGGAGCUGUCUUUUGCUUGCACUUUUCUUAAAGUAAAAUAUGGACAUGGUUUUUGUGUCAGAAAAUAGGAAUAAUUUCCAUUUUUCCAGCUAAUUGUACAAAUUUGAUAAUUGGCCAAACUGGUUUUCUGUUAGAAAAACCUAGAAAGUAAUUUGCAGAAGAAGAAUUGCCAAUAGGUGUGCAUCUGUCUGGGACAGAGUUCUUCCAGUUGAUGUUAAUAAGCAUGUUAGUGUCAUAUUUUUUUCCUACCCUCUCAGUGCUAUUCAUUCCCACCCUCCACAAUGACUGCUGUAUGUAUUCAUAGAGGAAAAAACUGAAGGCCCGUAACAAUGAUCGGAACAUCAAACCAGCCUGAGAAGAACACAGCAUGUCCAGGGGGGCCAAGGCUGAAGGGCAGGCCAUCCCCCAGCGAUUACAUUCGGAUUACUGGCUUAAUCUGCUUUGGUAUUUGACCGCCAGCCUAACCACCCCAGGCUGCAUUUGGAGGAUAUUGAGCACUUUCAUCCCCAAGCACUUCACUGGCUUUAUAAAUGACCCACUCGAUUCCCUUCAGCCUCCUCUGGGAUGGGACGUGGCAGCUGUUUAAUAGCCACAUAGCAAUGUUGCAGUGUUUUAGGGCAGAAAAGAAGAAUCCUGCAUCCAGUUUAAGCUGCAGGGAGUAUUUAGGAAGGGGAAUGUAAUUAUCCACAUUGGAAGUGGGCCAGGGCUUGGAGCUUUGGGGAAAGCAGCCUUUAGGACUUCCACUUUCCAGCCCACCUGAAAGAUGGGGCCUCCUUUCAGCAGUCUGGGACGUCAGCCUGCUUCCUGGUGAUUUAGGAAAAAGCCCCCAGGUGCUGCCUCCUUCACAUAUUCCCUAUCAGACUCUUUACAGGGUCGUUGAAAGUCUCCUUUCCAAGGACUGGCCCUGGCUCAGCCGGGAAGAUAUGACAGCAUCCCAGGGAACUGCCUCGCACGCACCAGUUUGGGUUUAACAUAUAAUCAAAUCAGAGUGACAGCAGGUGGAAACAGUCUUCUGUUGCCGCAGGAGCUGUCCUUGAGUUCAGGAACAAAGACAGGAACAAGAAAAGACAAAGUUUGUACAUGUGCGUUCAUGCCACGUGCAUUAGAAAAAUAAGGACUUUGCCAAUAUCCUUUAUUGGAUCUUAUCUCUUGAGGGAAUGGGAAGGGAAACUUUCUUCUGCAAUCUAACAAAGAAUUUAAUUCCUAAGUUGUUAAAAAAAAAAAAAAAAAAGGUGAAGCAGCCA